AUGUCCAGCAAGCACUUCCUGCCAAAAGACCCAUUCUCCACGGUUAAUUUUGCUCUCAAGGGAGCAAUUUACGAAAACCCCAACCUGUCUCUCCUAUCCAAGGAACGUGUCCUGUUUAACAACAAUUUUGACUCCAGAAAGGUAGCUCUAAUCUCUGGUGGGGGUUCUGGCCAUGAACCUGGCUGGUACGGUUUUGUCGCUGACGGCAUGCUCGCUGCCUCCGUGCAAGGAGAGAUCUUUGCUUCUCCAAACUAUAGAAACAUCCAGGCAGCAGAGAAAGUCGUCCAUUCUGAUGCGGGAACAAUCUUCCUCAUAACCAACUACACAGGCGACAACUUGUACUUUGGCAUGGCUGCACAGGAGCUCGUCAACAAGUACGGCGAGGACAAGAUCCGCAUUUUGCGGACUACAGACGAUGUGGCCGUUCCGCGGUCCAAGAGCGACCGCGUCGGCCGUAGAACGCUGAGCGGGAUCACGCUCAUGGCCAAGGUGCUUGGCGCAUGUGCAGACGAGUACCACAGCAUUGACACAGUGUACAAUUUGGGGGUGUCCGUCAACGCCAACAUUGCCUCUGUUAACGCGGGGCUGGAUCACGUGCACAUCCCCACGCACGAUGCCACCACUGACUGGGGCCAGCUGAAGCAGAACGAGCUGGAGCUUGGGCUCGGCGUGCACAACGAGCCGGGCGUGAAGCGACUCGACUAUCUUCCCACAAACGAGGAGCUAGUGCAGAUCCUGCUCAAGUACAUUCUGGACACGACAGACCCGGAAAGAGGAUAUUUCCAGUAUGAAAAGGGGGACAAGAUCGUUCUGCAGCUCAACAAUUUGGGUGGGGUGUCGCAUUUUGAGCUGCUCGCCAUCCUGACAGAGACCGUGCAACAGUUGAAGCGCGACUACGGCUUGGACAUCACCAGGGUGUACCACGGCCACUUCGUGACCAGCUUCAACGCACAGAUAUUCACCCUGACACUGUUCAACGUGACCAAAGCUGCUACCGCAGAGUUCCCAGUUGAGAAGCUUUUUGAGUAUCUGGACAAGCCUGUGCGGGCUUCGAAUUGGCCGGCAAAUUACUAUACGUCUCUGGAGCCAAUUGACGUCCGGAACCGGGUUAUGGACGACUUUGAGCACAAUGAUGAAAACUCUGACACAGAGAAGCUGCCAGCGAAAGGAGACGUCAACGUCAGUCCAGAGCUAUUGGAGUCGAUUAUUAGGACGGCUGUUCGCAAUGUGAUUGCCAGAGAGCCGGACCUGACUAUUUGGGACACCAAGAUGGGGGAUGGCGACUGUGGAGAAGGCCUCAAGAUUGGAGCUGAGGCCGUUCUGGAGAGCCUGGAAAAGGAUCGGUUCACCGCGAGUGGGUCGUUGCUGCAUACGCUCACGUGCCUGCUUAAGGUUGUCAAGGAUUCGAUGGGUGGCACGUUGGGCGCCAUUCUGUACAUUUUCCUGCAAGGCCUGACCAACAAGCUGGAGCUGUUGCUUGAGACCAACGAGGCCCCGCUCCCGCUGGUUUUCGCCGACGCCAUGGAGUACGCAAUUGAUAAUCUGUGCAAUUAUACAAAAGCACGUGAGGGCGAUCGUACGGUUAUGGACGUUCUCAUUCCGUUUUGUCGUGAUUUUUCGCAGUCGAAAAUCCUCGGUCAGGCCAUUGAGGUGGCGCACACAGCUGCAGAGGCGACCAGAAAAAUGCAGCCUAAACUGGGCAGGGCCAGUUACGUGGGGAUCGAGGGCAACGAAACAGACUUCCCGCCAGACCCCGGCGCAUACGGUGUGUACGAAAUUAUCGCUGCUCUCGAUGAGGGGAUCAGCGACUAA